GAGUUGUUCAAGGUUUAAAAAUGCCACCAACUCAAACACAGUGAAUUUUUCGCAAACACUCUCGAUAAGUUUGUCGAGUCUAGUCAGGAUUAGAAUAAGUAUAGUUUUUAGAGUCUAUUGAGUCGGCAUUUAGUCUGCAUAUGUUUAGAAGAGUCAUUUCUAUUCAUGUGGGGGAUUGUUGGAUCAAUAAAGCCCAAUGGCUUUGUUCAUAUGUGAAAAGAAAUGUUUUUGGGUUUCAUUUAAAUGAAAAGCCCAGAAAUAGUAAUAGAGAAGUAUGAGUUUGUCCCACAUCGGGGAAGAGGAGCAAAAGUGAGAUGUUUAUAUAUGGGAUAUUACACUCACUUGUUUAAACGAGUCAGAGAAGGAAGAGACUCCCCACGCGAGCGCCGCCGCUGCCGUCCGGCUCGGCGUGGGCUUGGGCUUGGGCUUGGGCUUGGUCUUGGGGCUUGUGCUUGGGCUUGGGCUUGGGCUUGGGUCUUGGGUCUUGGGUCUUGGGUCUUGGGUCUUGGGUCUUGGGUCUUGGCGGAGGGCCUCUGGCCCAAUAAGAAUAUUCUUUUUGGACCAAGUUAAGUUCUACAUUUUUGCCAUUUCAUUUCUAAAAAACAGCAUGACGUUCGUGUAUAAACGACACGUAGUUUGUCUAAAAACGACACAAAGUUUGUCUGUUCGAAAUGGAUCAGAACAAGUCAACAGAAGAGAGAUCUUGCGGAGAAAGUUUCUCAACUCACCACUCCCGAGAUUUCAGAGAUAUUUUCGCUAAACGUGUGCAACCGUUUCGAAAAUCAAAUCCGGUUCUCUUCUUUAAAUACUCGCCUCCUCUUCAUUCAUUUCUUAACUUUUCGAAAGCUAAAUACCAGCAGAGCUCCUAAGCGUAAGUCUAGAGAGUGUUUCAUAGAUUAUUAGUUCGUAGUGGUUCUUCACGAGUGUCGCGUGAUAACCUAUCAUGGUUUUAUCCUGGGACUCAUGUUCGUACAGAUCCGUCGCACUAACGGAGCGAAUAUUAAGAGUUAAGGAAAUAGAUUCAUCUCGACUCCAUGGUUUCAUUUACAUUUCGGUUUCGAAUCGUCUAUAUUUUCCUUAACGUCGUAUUUAUAUUAUCGUUAGUAUCGAUCCGGUUUUACGGCUUCUACAUUUUCCGCUUUUCUCGUUUGGGUGGGAUAAUAGUUAAUAGAAGUAGCAUAAUAAAAAAUUUCAAGAGCAUUAUAUUAGCAGACUAGUUGACUUAGGGUUUCUGCCUACUGCUUAAAGAGUACUAAGAGCAUGAUUAACCCGGGGUUCUUAGGAUGAGAUUCUUAGCGGAAGUUAAAAAACUGUUUUUUAACUUUUAACUAAAAAACUAAGAACUAGUUCUUAAACAAGGACUUUAUGAACCGGUUCUUAGCUUCUUUAGUUAAAAGUUAAGAAACAGUUUCUUAACUUCCGUUAAGAACCACACUAUAAGAAUCCCGGGGGUUAAUCACGGUCUAAGGAGAUAUAGACCAAAGAGAGACUAAGUCAUCGAGGGAUCUAGUUCUAGUAUACGAAUCUUUCAUUCAUUUCUCUUAACUAUCACCAACUUUAUUGUUUUUUCUUUUCCCCCUUUUUUUGUAAAAAAUAUUCUUUGUUCAUAUCAUAGAGUUUUUUGGUCGGAUAUGGGUCCGAUUGGUAAUGGCUGUAACUUUAAAAUUUUUGCUGUAGAAAAAAAUCUGUAGACUUUUUGCUGUGUCUUUAAAUUUUAUUGCUGUAGAAUUUUAUGUAAAGCACUAAAAAAUUGCUUUAGAUAUUUGGAUCUGCAGAGCACUUGUACAGCUGUAGGUUAUUUCAAGAGCUGUGGCUUCAAAAAAAAAAUUUAAAGCUUGAUUGCUCUGAAUUUGGUGCUGUGGAAUUAAAUAUGGCGGUGGACAGCACCUACAUCAACUACCAAUCACCCCCUAUAUUUCUGUUCUUGUAGAGGUCUUCUGAAAGCGAAUCUUGUCAAAAAAACUUAAGGCUACUUUACUUUUUCCAGAUUAAUUUACCAGCAUAUUUUCUAGGGGAGUUAUCAGAUCUACUCUUUGGGUCUCUCUCCAAUAUAUUUUCAAGAAACCAUUUCUUGGUUUUGGAUUCAGAUCCAAGUGAGUUCCUUUUCGUUUUUGAGAGAAACUAAUUUUUUCUUUCCCAAUAAUCAGAUUUUAGGGUUUCUUAGGGAUUCAUUAAUCAUGUCAGGAAAAUGGUGAGAGGGAAGAUCGAAAUCAAAAGAAUCGAGGACGUGACCAGCAGACAAGUCACGUUUUCCAAGCGUAGGAAAGGUCUCUUGAAGAAGGCUCACGAGCUUUCAGUUCUAUGUGAUGCUCAAGUAGCAGCCAUUGUCUUCUCUCAGAAAGGAAGAUUAUAUGAUUUCGCUAGCUCCGACAUGCAGAAGAUGAUAGAGAUAUGUGAGAUACAUAGGGGUGAGUAUUUUGGAGCACAGAGACUCCAAAAACAGCAAUAUGUGCAAGAGCUCAAGAACGAAAUGGCGAUAACGAUGGACAAGAUUAAACUUCUUCAACUUCAUUGCCGGAAGCUGAUGGGGCAAGAUUUGUAUUCGUGUUCGGUGGAGGAACUCAAGGAGAUAACUACCAAAAUUGAGAAAAGUCUUACUAUUGUCAGAUCAAGGAAGACUAAGUUAAAUGAAGAUAAAAUAGAGAAACUAAAAGCAGAGAUUGUAGCACAGAGAGAGGUCUUGAACGAGAAAAGCAGCCUGCGCCAAAUGUUUGAAGAACACCCCUUGUGUAUUCAGUCAAGGAGCCUAGAGAGUGAGAAGAGUGCACCUUCCUGUAAUUGUGGAAACAUGAACUUGUCGGAUGUGGAAACUGACUUGUCCAUCGGAUUGCCUCAAAGUCGAGUGUAAUCAAUAGAGUUCUUGUUAAUGUUAAUAUUAUCCGGACAUGCAUAUAUUUCUACUUGUGAAUGUUUUAAUUGAUUUUCUCAAUGCUUGCAUCAAGAAUAAAAUAGUGUAAAACUGUUAAGUAUU